AUGUGGAACUUUUUGGUGCGAAAUAAACAAGUGGCUGCCAUGCUAGGGGUGUUAGCGGCGGCCGCUUUAGCUGUAAUAAUCUUGACCACCAAAAGUAGCGGUCAUUCUAUCGUGGAACGAUAUUCUAUGGAUGAAACGGAGGAUGUUAGCAAAGAGGAUUAUAUUUUCUCUACUCAUACAUUGCCAUCCGACGAUCGUCUCAUGCCCUCUAUCGGAAAUGGACACAUCGCUACAAACGUAUUUAGCGACACAGUAUACUUAAACGGUCUAUAUAAUGGGGAGAAGGGAUUGAGUCGUCGAGCCAGAAUACCUGCGUGGGCUAAUAUAAGGUUAAAUUCAACACUCAAACAUCGUCAUUUUACACCAGUAUAUACCUUGGAUACGAAACAUGGAGUUUUCCAAGUAACAGUCAAUAGGGAAAGGUCCGUUGUAAUUCAAAGGAUCUACGCUCAUAGAUUUUAUACAAGAACUAUUGUAAACCAAAUUAAAGUUGUACCGAGGCCACAUGCAGAUCCAAAUUUCAUACACCAUGAAAUUUGGGUAGCAAUUAAACAAAUGGCUGGUCCAAACAGCAAAGAUAUAGCCUUCCAAGCUCCAACUCCUGAGAUAAUAAAUGAUGCGGUAGUAUGGAAGACUUGUGGUCGAACACGGGAGAUUGAAGACCCCUUAUACCAACCUUCGCCUGUAGAUGUUUGUGCGUACUGGACAUCUGUUCCCGAUCACCUCGUAGUGCCGCACAUAAGUAGAGUUUUUACAUUUGCUAUGACAGUUGAUAAGAAUGAAACUGUCGCGAGACAAGAGUUUAUUAAAAUAUUGCAGGAGGAUGGCGACGAGUUGUUCGAGAAACACGUAGAUCAAUGGCUCAAGCUCUACCAGCAAGCUAAAAUUAAUAUAGAGGGAAAUUUACAACUGGCUAAAAUAGUAAAUGGAAUAUGGUAUUACUUCUUGAGUUCACUGCCGGCAGAAGAGUCUAAUUUGCCGUCAGAUAGAUUUUACGGUCUCAGUCCCACAGGUCUGGCCCGAGGUGGCACUUUUGAUGAUUAUGAAGGCCACAAUUUCUGGGAUACAGAAAUGUGGAUGUUUCCAUCUAUCCUCCUCCUCUAUCCGCAUUAUGCGAACAAACUCCUGCAGUACCGCCUCGACAAUGCUUACGUCGCCUCUGAACUCGCUAAGAUGACUGGAAACAAAGGAUACAGAUAUCCAUGGGAAAGUGCGUUUACGGGGUCGGAGGUGACGCAGCCUUGCUGUCCCGAGGUGGCAGAAUUCGAGCAGCACAUUACUGGCUGCAUCGCGUUCGCGGCGAGACAGUAUUUGGCUGUGACCAGGGACGAGAAUUGGUUAAAGCAUGGUGGAUGCUCCAUAGUUACAAACAUAGCUGACUUCUGGGCGUCUCGCGCUGUCAUCAACUACACUACUGGUUUCUAUGAUAUUGCUAAUGUGAUGGGCCCAGACGAAGACCACAGCAACAUCACUAACUCAGUCUUCACAAACGUAGUUGCCGGGUAUUCUUUAUAUUUGGCUCAG